ACGAAAGCAUGCCACGCCAUCGACACCAAAACUGUCAGCAUCAAAGGCCCAAAUGGUAAGACUGUGUUCUUAUACUUUGAGUUUGUUCUGAUAGCUUGGUAACUAAAUGUAUUGAUAUGCCAGUAUAAUUAAAUGCCUACAAUCUGAUAUCUUUUUACACUUAAAGACAUAGAAGGCUUGAACUUUCCCGUUUUCCGCCUUGUUGUCUUCGCACUUUUAUAGUACUGAAAACAAAGAGAGGUUACACGUUCUCAAUGUUCCAAAAUUGAUAGCUGACAUUUGCCUUGUCCUACGCGCUGUGGUUGGCCCAAAAUAUCGUGGCUUCCUUCUAGUUCAAAAAAAUUAGAAGUAAAACUAAAGCAAUUCAUAAAUCGUUGCAACACAUUUUCCCGCAAUUAGACCCAGCCUCGUUCCCAGGGCCUUUUCCAUAAGCCAUCAUAAGAGGUAUAAAAGUAAUCCUAAUAGUGUUAAAUUUCAACAAUUAUCUGUAACAUUUGUAUAUUUGAUCCCUAUGUAAAUUCUUUAUCAUUUCUUGGGGCAUACUACUAUUUAACCGCAGAAGGGUGUAAAGGGAUUGCUCAGGAACACAUGGCGCUUUUCAAGUUGAUUAAGUUCGUCUCUACUUUGUGUGAUUUCGUAGGUGCUCAUUGCGUGCAAAAAAUCCAAAGGUGUGGCUGUGUGCGUGGUUGCUAUCGAGCGUCAUUCCGCCAAAUUUACACUGCAACCGUAUUUGACGCGCAGACGAAUAGAAACAAAACGUUGGAAAAGGUGAGCUGAAGUUAAGACACGAUAAGAUCAGGAUUUACUAAUGUCUACUAACGGCACUUUGUUGAGUACACAGCCAUGCAUUGAAUUGAGUAACUGCUUUUUUAUAGGUGGUAGAUAUUGGACGUUGUGUUGGGAAAUGUCCCAAAAGGAAUAAGCAGCAAUGCCUUCACUGGUAAGAAUCUAACCCAAAAAGUUAUUUAGUAAGAUAACUUUCAUUUGGACUCAUCUAGGAAAGUUUGUUCUAAUAUAAUGAUGCCCGUUACUGUUAUUUAUAAUGAUAAUGAUGAUGAUGAUGAUGAUGAUGAUGAUGAUGAUGACGGUUACUAUAUAUAG